UUGAACAAAAUUUCUACUAAUAAAUUUAGUAUGAAAUUAUAAUUUGAUUUCAAUUGUAUUGUCAAUUUAAAUAAAAAAUAUUUAAAAAUGAAGUUAAUUUUCUCUUUAAUGGUAUUAUUACUUAGUGUUGUAUUAAUAAGUGCAGAUCCUCCAGAAAAUUGUUUGUUAGAACAUACUGUUGGUUAUGGAAGAGCUAGUAUACCUAGAUUCUAUUAUAGUGCCGAGAAACAAGAUUGUAUAUCUUUUAAAUGGGGUGGUGCUGAAAACGGUUCAAAUGGCAAUAGAUUUGAAACUUAUGACAAAUGUAUAGCUGAAUGUAAAGUUUAAUAAUAUGUUAUGACAAACAAGUGUUAUGAUAUAUGGUUUACAAAGGAUAUACGAAACAAAUUGAAUUUUUUAUCAUUGUGAAUAUGAAAUAAAUAAUUUUGUUGUUAUUGAUUAAAAAAAGAAAUUUCAAUAAAAUAUUACAUU